AUGGCUAAUACAAUAGAUCUAUCACAAUUACCAGCUGAUGUAAAAGAUUAUAUUGAAUCGCUUCAAAGUCAGUUACUCGCUAUAACAAGCGCAGCUGAGUUUGCUGAAUCAACAAAAGUUGCCGAAAUUGCAGAUAUACGACAGAAACAUCAACAAGAAUUAGCCUCAAUAAAUACUUUAAUGCAAGAAACUGUUCGAGACGGUGUUAAUGAUGCUCGAGUAAAAUUCGAAACCGAAUAUAACUCUCUUCGACGAAAAUAUGAAGCAUUACAACAGGAAACAUUCGAUUUAAAAUUAAAAGUUGUUGAUGAUAGAGAUAGUGUGCUGGCUGAUAUAUCACGAUCAUUACGUAAUAAAUUAUUACGUGAUACUGGCGAUAAUCAACAAGCGACUUGGGUACAAGAAAAUGCCUCACUUGAAGAAGAUAUGCGAAAAGCACAAGAAAGUACAUCGAUGCUUAAAUCUGUUAUUUUACCAAUGGAAGCUGAAAUUAAUCAACUUAAAUUACAAUUAAAAGAGGCAAAAGAAAAAAUAAAUGAACUUGAAUCACUCCCAAGAGAAGUAAACAUUUCUUUUACAUCGAAUGAAAAUGAAGAUCAAUUAUUAGUAUGUAAAUUGUUUUAG